AUAUCUCCCAGUGACCGACCCCCCGACCUGACGGUGGAAAAAAAAUCAGCGGCUUGGCCCUUGGCGGAGGUUGUUGUGGAUGGUAAUGCCGAACGAGACAGAGGGAGGCAGCGGCCGGGUGGAAUGGUUCCGACCGAAAGCCGCCCGCAUGACCCGACGGAAGGAAAAAAUAGUUCGGCUUUUUUAGGGCAAUCGACUAUGGUGGUUGGUUCUUCGGCGACAGCAAUGACAGCAGGCCCUGUCUCAACGAUGCAGUUGCACGACGUAGAAAUCCCGUCCGUCGGGGAACAAGCGUUUCCGCCCUUGUGCGUCCCGAGAUCAUAUACGACUCCCACGUGGUCCUUCAGGGAACGGGCGUUGUCGCCCUUGUGCGUCCUGAGAUUUUGUGUUCCCGCGUGGUCCAUCGGGGAACGAGCGUUUCCGCCCUUGUGCGUCCCGAGAUAUCUUUCUACUCCCGCGUGGUCCAUCGGGGAACGAGCAUUUCUGCCCUUGUGCGUCCCGAUUUCUCGUACAACGGAAGCCACUUUUCCCCGGCGCCGGGGGUUAUCCGUCAGUACCGGUGGGGUUGUAACGUCCGCACUAACGGUGCCCCGGCUGCAGAGGGCUGUCGCGGAGUUCCGAUUUUCUACAUCGUUUAUCUGGUUCUUCGUCCUUGAGCUGCAGAGGUGGUCCAGUAGUUCCGGUGGGGGUGUAACGUCCGCACUACUGGGGCCCUGUAUACCCAAGGCGCUGCUACUCGUAUCAUCCUCAGGUCGCGGCAUGGGAUGCCGGAGGUUGUCCGACGAUUCCGGUUGGGCUGUAGCGGCCGCAUCGGCGGGGCCCCGACUAUCCCUUCCGGAGAGCUGACUAGUAGUUUGGUGUGGAGCGACAUGUGUGGAUGUGUGUUGGUUCAGGUGAGGCAUUGUGGGAUACAUUUUUAAUUAUUCGCUUCUGUCGGAUGCCAGGGGGUAGCUGGUCGCUGGUUCGACCGACUGGUGUCUGGCGGCGACGUGGGCUGCUGGUCUGUGGCCAACUGUCUUUUGCGGAUGUCCUUUGGCGGUUGAGUGAGCUGGGAGUCCGGUUUUCGUUUUUUCGAAGGCGUGGCGGGUGCGACUACGUUAUUUUUUGGUUGAGAAGAACGGUAUACUGGCGUGGGCGGCGAGGUGAUGUCCUUAAAUGUUGCCGUUUGAUCGUCGGAAUCGGUGUCUGAAUCGAAUCGAUAAUAGAUGAAAUCGUUGUGGGCAGCUGCAUUUUCUGCUUCUUCCGAGACCGUUUCAUUUGUUGAAUGUGUUUUGGUCGGUGGAGAGGGGAUCGGUGUGUUCAUCGAAGACGGAGGAGUUGUUUGGACGGGCCGUGUUGCUCCGGAUGCAUUAGUGGUACUGGUGCGGGUCAACAAUGAUCUAGCUACGAUAAUCUCUUCUUGUUGAGAUGCAUUUGCUCCCUCUCUCAGGAUCAAUCGCUGUUCCAUGGCCGCUAAAAUGUUGGCCAUCUGAUCUACUCUUUCAACCAACGACUUAAUGGUCGCUGCAUUUUGGGCAGCCUCGGUGCGCUGCGAUUCAAUUGAAGCGGCCAUGUUCGCGAUGAUGAGGUCCUUCUCCGCUAUUAUUUUUACUAGAUCAUUGUAUUUUUUG